AUGUGCCGGCCGCGGCAGCUGCGGCUGCCGCUGCGGCGGGUGCGCCUUCGCCUGUGGCCUCGGCUGGCAUGUGCUCUGGCGGCGCGCGCCGGCGGGCACUCCGCAGAGGCGGCCGGUGCAUCAGGCGCCGCCUAUGGGCGCACCCACCUCUGCGUCUUCAUACCGACCACGGCGCGGACCCGCAAGGACGCCGCGCUGGUCGGGGAGGCGCUGAGGACGUGGGCCUCGCCAGAGGUGCAGCAGGCGGCGGGGGCCUGGGUGCGCUUCGUGCACCCCGGCAACGGCAGCGACUGGGGGCGGUACGCAGCGCCUGGGAUCGCCGACGCGGUCGCGCGGCGACGCCCGCGCCCUGCGUUUCCGAGGGCCCCAGCCAGCGGCCCCAGGCUGUACUUUUGA